GCAGCCUCAGGCCCCAGGUUCCUCCCUCUCCAUCUGAAACAGCCCUGGACCCCUUCCUGCCCGGUGCCAAGGGAGUUUUGGCGGACGGCCCAGAAGAGUCUCCGGCUUUGUUGCUCAGAGAGGCGGGACCGGGCGCCCGCGGGAAACCUGGGUGAGCGGUGCUGCGUUAAAUUCAGCUGCGGGGAUGGCAAGGUUGAGGAGCGUGGUCCUGCGGCCGUGGAUUCGAGAGCUGGUCCUGGGCUUAGAGAGACUCUCAAGCCCACGGGCCGGGCAGCUGCUUCAGGUGCUUCAGGAGGCAGAAGCCGAUGCCCCAGGCCCGUCCUGCGCCCCUGACACGUCUGAUGUUGGGGCCGCGCUGCUUGUGUCCGACGGGACCCACAGCGUCCGGUGCCUGGUGACGCGGGAAACUCUGGACGCCGCGGACUGGGAAGAGAAGGAGUUUGGUUUCCGAGGGGCUGAAGGCCGGCUGCUGCUGCUGCAAGACUGCGAGGUCCGAGUCCAAGUGGCAGAGGGCAGCGCGCCCGCGGAGUUCUACCUGCAGGUGCACCGCUUCAGCCUAAUGCCCACGGAGCAGCCCCGGGAUUGGGUGAUUGGUUGCAACCAGGACCCAGAUGUGCAGAAGAAGCUCAAAGACUGCCUCGAGGAGCACCUUUCAGAGUCGGCCUCCUCCAAUGCAGGUAAGUGGGGGUUGAUCCUAACUCUCUGUAGAGUGACUUUCCAGCUAUCACCUCCUGGUCCUUUAGUAAGCCUCUUCCCCACCCACCCUACUCUUAUCUUCAAACUUCAGCCCAACCCUGCCCCCCUGACUCUAGGCCUUUCACUGACCCAACUUCUGGAUGAGGUGCAGGAAGAAGAGGCGCAUCAGGGGGCACUAGUGCGCCUGGCUGAGAGCUGUCUGAUGCUGUCAGGCCCUUGCACAGCACCCCCGCUCACCCGCUGGGCCACCUCCAGCCACUUGGCCAUGGGAGAAGCUGUGUACACUGUCCCCAGCCUAUGGCUACACAUCUCUGAAGAUGACCAGCAAGUCCUGAACUCUCUGGGCGCAGAUCAGAGGACACAGGGCCCUGAGCUGCCCCCACCAGACCCUGCUCUUCAGGACCUGUCGCUGACCCUGUCCUCCUCGCUUUCCUCACUCAGUUCCUCAGGAAACCCUGCCUUAUGCAGCCACAUGUUAUCACAGGAAAGCAGUGCCAGCGUCAGCCUUCUGCCUGCCCUAUCCUUGGCUGCUCCAGACACAGGGCAGAAGGGCAGCUCCCAGUCCCAGCCAGCCAUCUGCUCAACCCCCCACCCCCUGCCCCCUAGCUCCCCACAUACCAGCCAUAUAACCAACUCCCCACUCCUGAGUUGUACCCCAAGUCUGUCACCUCUUGGUCACAUCCCCAAUUCACAUCAGGCUGAUGUGACCAGGCCCCAGCCCCAGAAACAUAGACUGGAGUUCAAGGAACUAGGGUUGCCCCCCAAGAACUGGCAGCAUUCUCCAAGGAUAAGAACCACCGAGGGAGUCCUGGAGUCCAGUCCUGUCUGGGACCCACCAAAGAAGCAUCGUGAUGGUUCCACCUUCCAAUAUAAGUACGCUCCACCCUGCACGUCCCUCUGUGCCCAGGUCCAAGCUGCCAGGCUCCCUCCCCAGCUCCUGGCCUGGGCCUUGCAUUUUCUGAUGGAGCCACAGCCGGAAUCUGAGCAAACCCAGGUGUGAGGGGUCAUGUGACCACGUAGGAGAAUGUGUGCAUAUAGGUCUAUGCCUCUGGGUGGACAAACAGUGCUCCACACUCUGCUUUGAGUUUUUUAAUAAAAUAAUCUCAUGCGGCA